AUGACCUUCGUCGUUGUUCUCUACUACGACUACAUCCUAACUUUCCAGGAAGAAGUCACUUAUAUUUGGUGCCAACGCUUCCGGAUAUCAACUAUUCUGUAUAUCAUGUGCCGAUACGCUUUGAUCGCAAACAUCGUUUAUCUUUUUGCGCUGGCGGACAAGCUAAGUGUCAGGGUUGUUCAAGCUGCGACUAUGGCUAUGUUGUAUUCUCGAAAUCAGACGGUUGGUCUGGUUCUCGGGGUCAUGGCCAUUGCCACACUCUGUGCCGACAUUGCGAAGUUGAUAUACCAGCCUCGCGGGGUUCUAGCCAUUUUCAUGUGUAUCUUCGAAGUCACAUCCGCAAUUUUGACCAUAGUCCGCAUCGUACAAGCCAUGAAAGCGGUUGGUCCAUGGCGACUACAAAAAGCUAGUCUAAAUUAUCUCCUUUUUGAACAAGGCCUCUUGUACAUUAUCUCCGUAACAACGUUAUCGGUGGCUGCCUUAACCUUAAACUAUCAGAGAGAAAUCGGUUUCAUUCAACGAUUACUGAAUGGCUUGAAGUUACCUAUCUCGGGACUAAUGACAGCCAGAUUUCUCUUACAUCUGAGGCGGUGGGAUUACAACCGCUCUCGUCCCUCCCACAUUAGCAUACACGCAACUGACAUCGAAAGCGGAGCUCCUAUAGAGCCUCAAUCGUUUGCUGAAGAAUUCGGCGAAGUUCCUAUGCAAGUCGUCCGCGAAGCCGCCAGAGAUGAUACGACAACUGGGGUAGAUAUGGAAAGUCCAGUAAUCAUUGCGUUUGUUCGAUCCCCAACAUUAAGAGUAAGACAGAAACCUCAGACUCCCACAUCUUUCCCCGUCGCUGGCCCGUCUUCAAGGCAAUUGCGAUAGAGAUUUAAGGGAGCUGUUGUCACUGCCUAUUUCACUCCACCACACAGUACUCUGAUGUGGCUUUUUGAGGGUUAUAGUCAAGUGUUCCACAGUAGCACGAGUGACGAAUUCGGAAUAACUGAG